AGCGAGUGGGUGUGAACCCCCCCCCCCCCGAUUGGUUGAGGUUGUUGAUAGCUAAAGCUUGCUAGGCAGCGGUAGCUACGUUCGGAAGGGCUUCUCCUCGAAAAAGUAGCUUGCUAGCUGGUGUGCAAGCUGGCUGUUCACGGCGUUCGUUGAUGCUUGGCUUGGAAGUUUCCAUAUCUAGUCAAUGCCAAAUAUACACAAGCAAACGCUAAUUGAGAAAAGAUAAUCAAGAUUCCCGGCAGCUGGAGUGAGGCAAACGUACUAGCGGAGAAAGAAAAUGAGUGAAUUGGACCAGUUACGCCAAGAGGCAGAGCAGCUCAAAAGCCAGAUCAGAGAUGCCAGGAAAGCAUGUGCAGAUGCUACACUAUCACAGAUCACAGCCAACAUUGACGCUGUUGGUCGAAUUCAGAUGCGCACAAGGCGAACACUGAGAGGGCAUUUGGCAAAGAUCUAUGCCAUGCAUUGGGGUACUGAUUCCAGGCUUCUGGUCAGUGCUUCCCAAGAUGGCAAACUCAUUAUCUGGGACAGUUAUACCACAAACAAGGUUCAUGCCAUUCCUCUUCGCUCUUCCUGGGUCAUGACCUGUGCAUACGCACCUUCAGGAAACUAUGUGGCCUGUGGCGGUCUGGACAACAUCUGCUCCAUCUACAACCUGAAAACUCGCGAGGGGAAUGUACGUGUGAGCCGUGAGCUGGCUGGACACACAGGUUACCUGUCCUGUUGUCGCUUCCUUGAUGAUAACCAGAUAGUUACAAGCUCUGGAGACACCACCUGUGCUCUUUGGGACAUUGAAACUGGCCAGCAGACGACCACAUUUGCUGGACACACUGGUGAUGUCAUGAGCCUUUCAUUGGCUCCAGAUACAAGGUUAUUUGUCUCUGGCGCUUGUGAUGCCUCGGCUAAACUCUGGGACGUCAGAGAGGGCAUGUGCAGACAAACAUUCACUGGCCAUGAGUCUGAUAUCAAUGCUAUCUGUUUCUUCCCCAAUGGCAAUGCUUUUGCUACGGGCUCCGACGACGCGACCUGCCGACUCUUUGAUCUCCGUGCCGACCAAGAGCUCAUGAUCUACUCUCACGACAACAUCAUCUGUGGCAUCACCUCCGUUGCAUUCUCCAAGAGCGGCCGCCUGCUCCUCGCUGGAUACGACGACUUCAACUGCAACGUGUGGGACACGCUAAAGGCCGACCGCGCCGGUGUGUUGGCUGGGCACGACAACCGCGUGAGCUGCCUGGGCGUCACUGAUGACGGCAUGGCAGUGGCGACUGGAUCGUGGGACAGUUUCCUGAAGAUCUGGAAUUGAAUUCUCAAGAUGAUAUUUGAACUCCAAAGUUGACUGGAAGACCAUUACAACUCAGAAUGUUUUAUCUCACAGCAUCAUCUUCAACACCGUUUUAAACUGACUUGGACGCCACAAAAACUAAGGGAAACCAAUGCCUUUCCUACACAAAGAAGAGCACAAUUGUUUAUCACCUAGCUAAAAAGAAGAUUUCUGUGAUAUCAAAUCAAAAACUUGUGCAUUCCUUCUUGGACCAUUGUAUGUUCCCUUGAAAGAGAAAACAACACUAUCAUCCCAUGCAAAUGUAUGUGUCUUGAAAGCAAAUGUUGGAGCAUAAUUGUACAAAUUAUUUAACUUUUGUUGAAGAAUUCUACUCUCUAAUGGUUUAUGUUAGUUAUAUUCAAAUGGUUUUCUUUUAUGUCAUGUUUUCUCCUGGUGGUUUUAGAUAUGUUUAUAAUUAAAGCGUGUCUUUUUAAUCCAGUUUAAUCAUGCAAGGAAGAUGAGGUAAAAUAAACAUGCAGAACGCAUGAAAGCAAAAGCUUGAUCAGAUGACAUGAGCAGCUUUCAGAAAAUGUCCAUGGUGGAUUUAUGCUAGCUGUUUUUAUUUGGUCACAGCUUUUUUUGCACAGAAAGCUUUGCCUCUACUAAUACUAUGUUAACUAACCAAGCACAUGCUAUGAAUUGUGAUGAAUGCUCAUUCCAAUACAGAGUUGUGAGUAACUAUGUGGUUAACCCCUUAACUCUGUUCAUGCCUUUGUCUUUGGGUGGGAGGGGGUGGGGGUACUGUGAUGGUUUAGGGGAAUGGAUGGAUUUUAUUUAAGGGAUUGGGUAAGUCUGUUAAGUAUUCCACUUUUCAGUGAAACACCUCACUUGACUAAAUAGACAGACACAUUCUGUGCUUGGGACUGCAGUUGCUACUCUGUGAAUGAAAUGUACAAAUCAAUGUCUGAAAAUAAUGAUCUGAAAUGUUGUUAGGAUUAUAUUUUUGUUUUGUCUGCCAUGGAUUAAUUUAGAUGUGCAUGCUGUAGAAUUGCUUUCAAUGGUGCAAAUAUCACCCCCCCCCCCCAACAUAAUUUGUUUGAUAAAAGCAGAGUAAGUGAUUCAGAAUUCCAGUUUACUCAAGUCACCACUGGCAAAAAUGUGCCAGUAUAUGUUCAUGUUUGCAAAGUUAUGUACCAGAUAGAGCAAGAAUGGUGGAAUUACUUAAAUAAAUGAAUGCUUACAUGUUCUAAUAAUGCCAAUUUCAUAAUAUUUCUAAAUUGAAGGAUGAUGAGACUUCCAUCCCAAUAGUGAAGGCCUCCUACUCCUUGAAAUUUCUGAAUCAAAUAUAACCAGUUCAUUCUAAAACUUUUUUUUGUAACUUUAAUUUCUUGGUCUUAAAUGGAAAGUCACAAAGCAUCUGGGUGGCAGAAGAUUUCACUGUACACAGAAGCACUUUUGUUUAAGUUGUGACAUUUUCACUUUUCACUCGCCAUAGUGUAAAAUAAAUGUAAUGUAUUUGCGUGUGGCCACAAGUAAAAAUGCAGUUCAAUUACGAUGGAUUCCCUUUUCUCCUUCCAUUAAUAUGAUAGAGCUCUGCACUCUUAUGUACCUUUUCACCUUUUGUAUUUUAUUUCAGUCUGUUGGUGUUCCACGGUGAGCUGGAUGCAAGAUAGAUACUGUACUAAAAUGUACUGUUAUUGAACCUGUAAUAAAAAGCUGUUUGAGAUGUA